UGAGGAUCGGUCACGGUCUGUCUGUAUGUCUCUGAUCAGAUCCUUCCCCGCUUCCCGAAUGAAGAAUGUCUCGUACUGUCCAUCAGACGUUUUUUUUAAUAAAUGUCAAUUUUGCCAAUCGGGAAAGUAAUUUUCUGCGUGGACGUUCAGAUUGAAAGGCAUGCCAAAAGAAAAAUAUGACCCUCCAGACCCACGCAGAUUAUACACCAUCAUGUCUUCUGAGGAGGCAGCAAGUGGGAAGAAAUCAAACUGGACCGAGCUGGAAAUUUCUGGGCGGGUCAGAAGCCUAAGCAGCUCAUUAUGGACACUGACCCAUUUGACUGCUCUCCACAUCAAUAACAACAACCUUAGCCGGAUUCCUCCUGAAAUCGCCAAGCUCCCCCAUCUUGUCUUCCUGAACCUGUCCUCAAACAAACUGCGCAGCCUGCCAGCAGAACUCGGCAACAUGGUGACUCUCAGGGAAUUGCUUUUGAACAACAAUUGUUUACGAGUUUUACCUUAUGAACUUGGUCGGCUGUUCAAGUUGCAAACCCUUGGACUUAAAGGUAAUCCGCUGUCCCAGGAUAUUCUCAACAUUUAUCAGGAGCCAGAUGGAACGAGAAAGUUAUUGAAUUACAUGCUUGACAAUCUUGCAGUUCAUCCAGAACAACUACCCCAGAGACCUUGGGUCACUUUGAAGGAGCGAGACCAGAUGAUGCCCACAGCUGUGUUCACAGUUAUGUGCUACAACGUACUGUGUGACAAGUAUGCAACAAGACAACUGUACGGCUACUGUCCAUCCUGGGCUCUCAACUGGGAGUACAGGAAGAAGGGUAUCAUGGAGGAGAUCACAAACUGUGAUGCGGACAUCAUCAGCCUGCAGGAGGUGGAAACGGAACAGUACCACACUUUCUUUCUGGACACAUUAAAAGACCGGGGAUAUGAUGGAUUUUUCUGCCCAAAGUCUCGUGCCAAACUGGUGUCCGAACAGGAGCGGAAACAUGUGGACGGCUGCGCUGUGUUUUUUAAAAGUGACAAAUUCACUAUGGUGCAGAAACACACAGUGGAGUUCAAUCAGGUUGCCAUGGCAAACUCAGAGGGCUCAGAGGUUAUGCUUAACAGAGUCAUGACCAAAGAUAACAUCGGAGUAGCCGUCCUGUUGGAAGUGGAAGACAAACUGUUUGCUAAUGGUUUAAAGGAGCCUCCAGAGAAGCAGCUUCUGUUGGUAGCAAAUGCACACAUGCACUGGGAUCCAGAAUUCUCAGACGUGAAGCUCAUCCAGACCAUGAUGUUCCUCUCAGAGCUAAAGAGCAUUGCUGAAAGAGCCUCAAGCUCCAUCAACUCAACCUCACCCACUUCAGACAUUGGUUCCAUCCCUAUCGUCCUUUGUGCCGACCUAAACUCCCUCCCAGACUCUGGUGUUGUGGAGUAUCUGAACAAUGGCGGAGUUGCAGAAAACCACAAAGACUUUAAGGAACUGCGCUACCGUGACUGUUUGACCAACUUCAGUUGCAAUGGUAAAAACGGCAAGCCCGACGGCAGCAUCACACACAGUUUCCAGCUGAAGAGCUCUUACGAGGGGAAUCUCAUCCCCUACACAAACUACACUUAUGACUUCAAGGGUGUGAUUGAUUACAUUUUCUUCUCUAAGACCCACAUGAGCGUUCUGGGAGUUUUAGGUCCACUGGAAACUCAAUGGCUGAGGGAUAACAACAUAACCGGCUGUCCUCACCCGCACAUCCCCUCCGAUCAUUUUUCCCUUCUGGUUCAGCUGGAGUACCACCCACCUUUGCCUCCUCUCAACGGGGUGCAUAUACCUGUCCACCGGUAGUGCAUUCCUCAUCCCCUUACUGUCCUAACCCCCCCAACCAAAGACAAUACCCUCAUGAGCCCCUAAAGUAUAAUCACGCAUUAAGGAGUGAAGUCAUAAUCCACUUUGUUCCUUUUUUAAAACUUUGCAAAGGAAUGUAUGAUCUGACGCUUUUCUGACUUGAAAUCUAAAGCUUAACACCAAAUUAGGGUUGGGAUUCUCCGAUUGGCCGGUAUUUGUGAAUCAUGCUGCUUUCCAGAAGAUUGAUCCGUUUGUCUGAAUAUGAAUGUGUGGUGACAUGCGUAUGCAUCAAAGGCAAGUUUUAUGUAGCAAAAUAAUGUUCACGAAACUAUUCCAAAACAAGACCCUCAACAUCUCAUGCAUUUAACUAAGAAAUCUUAAUGAAGACAUUAAAUCUAUUUUUUUAAAACUUUUUUGAUAGUGCAAUGUGAAGUAUUAUGCAAAAUUGUCUUUAAGUCGAGGAUUUACAUUAUUAAAGAGGAUCCCAGCCCUACUGAUUCAAA